UUUUUUUUUUUUUUGAAUCUGCUUUAACCUAUUCCGCGUGCACGUAUCAUCUGUCAAUCUUUAUCUUUUCAUGAAUAAAUCUCUUUUUCAAAGAUUUUUUUCAACACGUAUCAUGUUUACCUAUAAAGAAGCUGUAGAAAAACUCAACUCUCUCCAAAGCAAUGCUUCCCUCUUGGAACAACUCAGAAAAGCAGGUCCUCGUAUGAACGAAAAGAGUUUGCCCGAGAUGAGACAAUCCUUCAAGCGUAUCGGUUAUGAACCCAAGGACUUUGAUCAGCUCAACUUGAUCCAUAUCGCAGGUACAAAAGGUAAAGGAUCAACCAGUGCCUUGACCCAAUCUAUCCUUCAUCAGUAUGACAACAAGAUUAAGACAGGGCUAUUUACUUCGCCACAUUUGGUUGCUGUACGUGAACGUAUCCGUAUUAAUGGUGUGCCACUAAGUGAAGCCAAGUUUGCACAAUACUCACAAGAAGUAUGGGACAAAUUAGAAGCCGCAAAGGCUGAGGCAUUGGCUGCUAUGAAUCUGUCAGAACAUGAAGAAAGAGAAUUGUUGAAGAACAGACGAAAUCAUCCUGAUAAGCCUGUUUAUUUCAGAUAUCUUACUUUGGUUGCUUUACAUGCAUUUGUACAAGAAAAGGUAGAUUGUGCUAUUUUAGAAGUGGGUGUAGGAGGUGAAUACGAUUCUACCAAUGUCAUUGAGACACCAGUGGUGUGUGGUAUCACAGCGCUUGGUUUGGACCAUGUCUCUAUAUUGGGUAACACAAUUGAUCAAAUUGCAUGGCAUAAAGCAGGCAUUAUCAAGCCUAAUGUACCUGUUGUCUCAUUUGAACAACCUCCUCUUGCUAUGGAAGUUGUUGAGAGAAGAGCACAAGAAAAGAAUGCACCUCUUACCGUGCUACAUGCCAAAGAUAACACCAAAUUGGAUGGUGUUGAGAUUGGUUUAGCUGGUAUUCAUCAAAAAUACAAUGCCUUGACUGCCAUUGAACUAUGCAAGAUUUGGCUAAAGAAAGUCCGUGGUAUUGAAUUCAAAGAGGAUGUUCCUGAGGAAUUCAAGAAGGGAUUAGCCCUCGUGAAAUGGCCUGGAAGAGGACAAACGCUCUCUAUUCAAGACACAAAAUAUGCUAGCAAAUCAAGUAAUGCAACAUGGUACCUCGAUGGCGCACAUACAGUUGAAAGCUUAGAAGUAUGCGCCCAAUGGUUCGAAUCUACCAUGGAAAAAGAGAACACAAGUGCUACUCGCGUGCUUGUGUUUAACUGUACGCAUGGUCGUGACAGUAGUCGUCUUUUACAGGUAAUCUCAAGCAUUCAGUCCCAUGUUCAUUUUGAUCAUGUCAUCUUUACCACCAACAUCACUUAUCGUGAAGGCUAUACCACUGAUAACACAAACUUCACUGUAUCUACAGGUGAAGCUAGCUCAGUUCAGCAAGAGCUAGCCAAGAGCUGGCUUGAGCAAGUACCUGAUUUCGAUCAAAAACACGUGCAUAUCGUAGGCACUAUUGAAGAUGCUGUCGACUUUGCUGUGGACCUUUCUCAGCAGUCCGAUAAGCAAGUGCAAGUAUUGACUACAGGCAGUCUCAUUAUGGUGGGCAAUACCUUGACUGUCCUUGGUUUUGAACCACAAUAAAAAUAAUUUUUAACCUUUUUUCCGU